UCGUUUGAUGCAGGUGCGUGCACUACUGUUGAGUGUUGUUGUAUGUUAACGUUAUAUUUGUACCUGCUGGUGAUGGUAUCUCUCGAAUUUUGAUUAUAUUCACAUUUGUUUUUAUUUAAACUGUCUGUGACAGUGGCGUGGGUACCUAAAAAGGAACUGCACCAAGUCAAGAGAUGAGGCCAAACAGUAAUAUCUGGUUGGUGAAAGUUUAAAGGAAACAGCAGAAGUCCACAGAAGGUAUUCUUGCUAUCAUGAUGACAGAGCUGCAUGAAGCCGCUGCAUCGGGGGACAGUGCCCAAAUUGAAUUGCUGCUGACGACUGGAAAAUAUGACAUUAACGGACCAGACUUGGAAUGGAAUUCAAGGUGUCCAAUUCACUGGGCUGCUAUCAAAGGGCAUGCAGAGAGUAUACGACUUCUGGCAAGCUACGGAGCGAGGCUGGAUGUCGUGACUGAUGAAGGCUGGACGGCGACCCACUUUGCCUGCGAGCAGGGGAAAAUACUUGCACUGAGGGCGCUAUACAAAUCGGGUGCGUUGAUCGACAUGGAAGAUAAUUUUGGAGAUACCCCUCAGCGUGUAGCUGAGAUAUAUGGUCACGACGAUUGCGUUACUUUUAUCAACGAGGCCCGGAUCGAGAUUGAGGAGAAGAAGCGGCAAGCUGAGAUCGAGGCAAAGAUAGAAGCAGAGAGGAAGAGGCUGGAGGAAGAGAAAGCCAAGCAGGGGAAAAUCUUGAAACAUCUGACAGAAAAGAAGGAAAAGAAGUCUAUACCUUCAAGAUGGAGGAAAGGAAAAAGAUGACCAAUCAAAAUUACUUCUAUUAGCUGAAAAAACCUUGUUACUCAAAAGUUUAAGUCUCAAAAGACAGCUCAGGAAAAGGUCUCAUUAUAGGUAAGACAUAAGUUGCAAACUUCUUAUGCCUAAAAAGUGUUCUCCUAAAGGAUCAAAGAGGCUGUUUUCAGACAAUGCGAGGUUGCCGUCAUUGGCAUGAUUCAAGAAUACAUACUUCACUAGGCUGUCCGGAAUUUUCUCCAUUUUGAUACGUUUAAACAGCUCACCAGUUCAUUAUACUUUUAUCUGCUGACUACUGCAUUUUGUCAUUCCAAAAGGCUCUGUACUGCUGGAGCUGCCUGGUUCCAGUAAGAAAUAGGUUGACCUUUUGACUACUGAAUUCUGGGAUCCCCAUAGGCUUUGUACAGGAUCACUUAGUUCCAGAAGGAAAUAGUUUAGCCCGUUGACUGCUGAAUUCUGUGAUUCCCAUUUAUAUUUGUACAGGGAUCGACUGGUCCCAGUAGGCAAUGGGUUAACCUUUUGACUGCUGAAUUCUGUAAUUCUCAUAGACUUUGUACAGGAAUACCCAAUUCCAGUAAGAAAGAGGUUAACCUGCUGACUAUACUGAAUUCUGUGAUUCCCAUUAUAUUUGUUCAGGGAUCAACUGGUCCCAGUAGGCAAUGGGUUAACCUGUUGAUUGCUGAAUUCUGUAAUUCUCAUAGACUUUGUACAGGAAUACCCGAUUCAAGUAAGAAAGAGGUUAACCUAUUGACUAUACUGAAUUCUGUGAUUCCCAUUAUAUUUGUACAGGGAUCAACUGGUCCCAGUAGGCAAUGGGUUAACCUGUUGAAU